GUCGUGCUGGAGUUCCAAUGGAAGUUAUGGGUCUGAUGCUUGGAGAAUUCGUAGACGAUUAUACUGUACGAGUAAUAGACGUGUUUGCUAUGCCUCAAAGCGGUACUGGAGUUUCUGUGGAAGCAGUAGAUCCAGUUUUUCAAACAAAGAUGUUGGAUAUGUUAAAGCAAACUGGACG